UUGGUUUGUAUGCAUUUUUUUCUUAAGCUAAAGAGUUCUUUAAGCAUUUAAAUUUUUUUUUUUUCAUGGCUCUCUCUGUUUCUUCUUCCUUAUCCUGGCCCAAAAUUUUACAACACUUUCUCUGUUCCCAAUCAUUUCCUCUUUCUCGCCCUUAUCCAAUUUCCUUUCUUUUCUUCCAAACACCACUAUCAGCAGCAUCAAGAAAUAUCUACUACCACCGACCAAGAGCUCUGAGGGAAUGGCAAGAAUACGAGGAAGCAGUGAAGCGGAAGGACUUAGCUACAGCUCUAAGGUUCCUCAUAUCCAUUGAUAAAAACAACAGCGACAACCUAGUUGAGCAAAAUGGUUCCUUACCCACUGAGUCCACUCGGUCACAAGUCGGCGAUUUGGGUUUUGUUGGUGAUAGAGGGUCGAUGAGUGAUUGGGUGGUGUUAGACACGUGUCUUAAUGCUGAUGAUAUGAGGCUUGUAGGCACUGCUUACGGCUUCCUUAAGGACAAAGGAUUCUUACCCAAUUAUGGAAGAUUCAAUAGCAUUGUUUUGGAGGGGACUAGGGAUGUUACACCGUCUGUGUUGAAGUCUUCUACUGGCCUAGAAGCUUCUAAAUUUUCUCCAAAGAAGUGGGGUCUUUCUGGAAGCUCAAGUGUUGUAUUGGUCGGUUUUCUUGGUGGAGUGUCCUAUUUACUUCAACAAGGAAUUGAUAUCAGGCCUCAACUUGCAAUCAUAUUGGGGCUAGCCUUCACAGACUCUAUCUUACUUGGUGGUACCUGUUUAGCUCAAAUCUCAAGUUAUUGGCCUCCAUAUAGGCGUCGAAUUUUAGUUCAUGAAGCAGGGCAUCUGCUGGUAGCAUAUCUUAUGGGUUGCCCUAUUCGUGGAGUGAUUUUAGACCCAAUUGUUGCAAUGCAAAUGGGCAUUCAAGGGCAGGCUGGAACUCAGUUUUGGGAUGAAAAAAUGAAUAAUGAAAUGGCAGAAGGACAUUUGAGUGGUUCCACCUUUGACAGAUACUGCAUGGUACUUUUUGCUGGCAUUGCAGCUGAAGCUCUUGUUUAUGGUGAGGCUGAGGGUGGUGAGAAUGAUGAAAACUUGUUUAGAAGCAUCUGUGUUCUUCUGCAACCUCCACUGUCUGUAGCGCAGAUGUCAAAUCAAGCAAGGUGGUCAGUGCUACAGUCUUACAAUCUGCUUAAAUGGCAUAGACAUGCUCAUCGAGCUGCUUACAAAGCUAUGGAAAGUGGUGGCAGUCUUAGUGUCAUAAUUAUGAAAAUUGAGGAAGUGAUGUCUUCGAGCAGAUGAAGUUUGAACGUAUUGGUUUUUGUUGUUUACAUUCUAACAAGAGGGCAAAAUGAAACUGAAGUCAUAAAACAUCAGAAGCAAGCAAUAAUGAUGAGUUACAACAGUCAUUUUUGUGAUUAUAAUUUGUUCUUCCUCGUGAAUGCUGUUGAUUUGCACUUUCAUCAAAACGAACUUCAAGAAGUAAAGAGUUGUGAGGAGUUCUGGUGUGGGGAAAAUAAUCUUCAUAGGUUUAUUCUAAUGGGACUUUUUAAUUGUGGAACUCUGAUUCUUGUAGGAAGAAUGCAGACCCGUGCAGUCGCGCUGUGUGCUGCCGACAUGCAUAUGGUCUAGAGAGACGAAAGCCAUGGCCUUUAUCUCUCUGCAAUCAACUUAAAUAAAGCUCUGAGAAACCCAAGAAAGGUCGUGUUUUUGUUGGGUCAAAGUGAUAGGUUGGCUGUCACCCUAAAUGAGACAGGCUGAAGGUAUCAGUUAUCUGGCUGUUCUGUUUAGGUUUUUUUUGUUCAUAAGAGGGCAAGGGCUCCAGCCUAGAAGCGGAUGGGGGUUUACUUUUUAUUCUUUUUUGGGUAUUAAGUAUUUUGUUUUAUGGGAUUUUACUUUUUAAUCUAACCGAAGUAUUUGCCUAAUCUUUAGGGUUGGUGAAAAAACUAAAUCAAAAUGUAAUAUUUAAUUUGAA